AACAACGGAAAUAUGCUGUAGUGACAAUUUUCCAGUGCAUGGCGCAUGCGUUUAAGUGUAGCCUAGAAGUCUUCGGGUAUUUGUCUAAUAUCGUGCGUAGAAAGCAGUUGUUUUUUGACAACUGCGUUUCGGAGUGUGUACGUUUGGAUACAUCGUCUUCAAAUAUUGUCAUCUUUCAGAAUUGUGUCAGAUUUGACCCUAAAGAAUAGUGCGACGCAUAGUCGCCAUCCCUCAGUCUUGCAUGCAUUUACCCACUGUAUAGACAUACCUUCGGCUGACAGCUACAGGGAACAAUAUUUGUGGUUCUACACGGGUUUCAUCAUCUCCACAAACACUCCAGACAUGAGAAGGAGCAGGUGAAGAUGUCCCUGAAGAACACCAAAACAUGGUCCAGAGUACUUGUACCUGUGCUGCUGCUGUGCUGUGUGUCCUACUACUAUUCACAUUUCUUCCUUCAGAGCGGAGGGGCUUUCAGUAAGGCCCUCUGUGACAGCUGGAACAUCUCUCAGAAGUGGGAGAGUCUCAACUUCAAUGUGAGCAGGAAUGCUCAACUCUUCUUGAAGCUAGACGAUUUCUUCUGGCGAAGCUACUUGUCCAUGUUAGCCUUGCCUUAUGGUGUUAAGGGCAGUGAGCUUUUCCUCGUGAAAGCAUUGUCAGCCAUAGCCAGCUAUGACAUGCCAGAGACGAUAAAAAAUUUGCCUUGCAGAACCUGUAUGGUGGUUGGAAAUGGGUUCGCCAUCAAGAACACCUCGUUAGGAAGUGCCAUUAACAAGUACGACAUAGUGAUCAGGUUGAACGAUGCCCCAGUUCGGGGGUAUGAGACCGACGUGGGGAACAAGACUACCAUGCGUCUCUUCUACCCUGAGUCAGCUUCCUACAACCCCAGCAUCCACAAUGACCCUGAUACCCUCAUGGUCCUCGUGCCUUUCAAGCAGCAAGACGUGCGCUGGCUCAAAGAGAUCCUGUACAACGAGAAGAGGAUCAGAAAGGGCUUCUGGAAACCCCCUCCUGAGAUCUGGUUGGGUAAAACCAGCAAUAUCCGCAUCCUGGACCCCUACUUCCUGCAGCAAACGGCCAGCCGCCUGCUCCACUUGCCUCUCAACACACCUCCAAAGACCAACCAGAUCCCAGCGCACCCUACUACUGGCAUUCUGGCCAUCUACGUGGCCCUUAACUACUGUGACGUGGUCCACAUCACUGGAUUUGGCUACCCAGAGUCUAAGUACCUGAAGCACCCCAUUCACUACUAUGGCUACGACACCAUGAAGUCUAUGAAGAAUUCGUACCACAACCUCUCCCAUGAGGCGAAAGCUCUGAAGCGACUAGAGGACUCUGGUGCUGUUGUAAACCUACACCCUCACUCUUGACCAAGGCAACACAUAUGUCAUUUAGCAGAAUCCUAAGCGAUUGGCAUUAGCAUAUAUUUCCGUAUGGGUGGCCCCAGCGGGAAUCAAACCCACGAUCCAGACUACUGUACCAACUGAGCCACACAGGAUCACAGUGAAGGAAGAGAGUUGGGACACUGAAAAAGGACUUCCCUUACCUACACACCUGUAUCACAAUCUGAUAAACAUCCAACCUUUCCCCACCCCUCCUUUCAUUUAAAGAACAUUACUGCGAUGAACUGCUUCACAUUGCUCUCGAAGGCCCCGUACGCACUCAAGUUGUACAACUGAUAUACAACACAUUUGACACAACUGCUUAGAUACAAUGGAGAGUUUGUCUGCAAACAUUAUUUUACACAUCCAUUGUGUGGUGUCUCCACAACCCUUGUGCAAUUAUUUGUAAAUAAAUUCAACCACAGUUUUGUUUCAUCACAAAA